AUGGUGGUCUCGGAGGAUACGGCGGAGGCUUCCAGUCCGGCUACGGCUCUCAGGCCGGGCGGUCACCAGGCUGGAUUCCAGGGCGGUGCUGCCGGACACAACCAGGGGUCAGGGGCUUUCGCUGGCGGUGCUUCCCACAAGAACGUGAACGCCUACAAUGACAACAAGGGCUACAGCCACAGCUCAGGAUUCUCGGCCUCUGACAGCAAGAACUUCGGUUCCGGACACAAGCAGGGCUCGUCCGGAUUCCAGGGUGGCGCUGCCGGACAGCAGGGAGGCUACGGACAGUCGUCGUUCGGACACCAGGCGGGUGGCGGCUACGGCGGUGGAUACCUGGGCUAG